AAGAUUUAAUUACGCUUCUAUUAGGACACUCUCCUCAUCAACCCAUUUACACACUAUCAAUUCUUUUUUUUUCACAUAAAAUUAUUCUAAAUACAAGUUCAGCCUACAUUCACUUCCGUUCAUCCCUUUUCUAAUCAUCAGCUACAAUGAUGAGUACGAACCCCACGGCAAAUACUGCCACGACAUCCGCCGUUAUGGCUUCGACCGAACCAUCAGAUCCUACUUCUGGCAUCAAGACUGUUAUCUGGGGUCUCGUAUACAAGCAAUCCUUCAAGAAUGUACUUCGAGCGAGUGGCCCUGUGAGGGAGAAAGAACCCGCUGGUAAAGCAGCCCAACCAGCCUCCGAUGAAGAUGAAGAAGAAGCUCCACCAGCAAUACAAGCCCGCGUAAAGAUUCGGUUCGAUAAGAUACCCCCACAAGAAUUCACUUUGCAACCCGGAGCUACCAGUUUCGGCAUCAGUCUUGGUGUUCAAGCCCGUGUCGAUGUAGAUUACGUCGAUUCUACAGGCCACACUAUCCGUAACGCCAGUAGUUCUUCUAGACCUGUCCUCAUGAACGCAACUGCUUCCACCUCCGGCGGUAGCAAGAAAUCAGGUCCAUCAAGGAAGGUACCAAAAGUCAGCGCCGGGACACCAAGAAUCAGCGUCGGCGAAAACAUGGAGUGGGUACCGAUCACCCAGAACGGACAGCCGUACCUAAACCACGACAACCGAGAUGCCUCGAAAGUCAAGAUCGGCCCUAGCGUGAGAUUACAAGGGGAACUAGUCUGUAACUUCGAAACGGACAUCUUCGUUGUAGACCGAAACUUCCUCUAUGCGCGUGAAAGACCCAAGGAUUGUGAUAAAGUUGUCGCGAUUAACUUAUUCGUGUCCAAGGAAACUGAACGAGGGCAGAAAGCCCGACGUCUGACAGAAAAGGACGAGAUCCUUCUGCACCAGAAGAACGUCGCCCUCAACGUCAACGACCCGGGCACAAUGCUAAUAUACUUCGACCUCCUCGUCACAGCCUACGAAGCCGAAAACUUCGUCAACGACUUCAGCAGCCGCACAAUCACGUUCUUCUCUGGCCCCGAACACUGCGACCACGCGGACUGCGCCGCGAUGCGAUUCCACGUGAACAAGAACUUCCGCGCCGCCGGCGCCAAGAACAUCCUCUCGCGCUCGUGGUGGACAUUCGCCGAGUUCUGCUUCCACGAGUCCACCGCAACCACAUUCACCGCAUCCCCGCACUCACACGACCUGAUCAACCACCUCGACCCAGAGGAAGCCUCCCAGGUGCGCACUUGGUACCACUCGUUCCUCAACCACCCGCCCACGGGGACCGCGAACGGGGUGCGCUGCACGGAGAUCUCCGUGUACGGCUGGACGGGCAUGAAUCCCGGCCCGGUGAAGUUCCACCAUUUGAUUGAUGAGAUGAACGAUUGUGUGAAUGCCGGACGUGCGGGGGAGGAUAGGGAGUAUGUUGGUGGGUUUAUUGAUCCCGUGGUGUCGGUGUGUCUUUUCUGCAAAGGUACGGGGUUUGGAGUGCAGCACUUUACUAAGACGAUGCUUCCGAAACGUGAGGAUACGGGGUUGAUGUAUUUGCAUUAUGGGGUUGAUAGUGUGAAGAAUCGCGAGGAAGAGGGGGAGAGUUAUAAGGGGAAGGGAAAAGAGAGAGCGAAUUAUGCGCUGGAGGAUGGAGCUGCUGGUAGUAACGUGGGAUUCGGUGGUGGUGGUGGUGGUUAUGAUGCUGGUGUUGGUAGUAGUGCCGGCGCUGGAGCUGAAGGUGGAUCUCAGAAUGGAGGUGGACCCCAGAAUGGCGGUGGUGAGGGUAUUGGCGAUGGUGGUUCUGGUGGUCCUGGUGGUUCCGGUGCUGUUGACCCCGGUGCUGUUGACUCUGGUGCCGGUGGCUCCGGUGCUGGACUUGGUGGCGAGAACAACAUGGCCACCAACACGGGUCCUGCCGAACAGACUCAAAACCACGGCAACCUGACAAUCUCUAACCUCUUCGAGACGGCAAAAUACGCACCGGAGUAAGUUGUUCUACGGUUACAGAACCCUUACCGCGGAAGUAUGGCAGAGGAAUGGA